AUGAAGCCUGCUAUCGAUAUUGCAAAGACUGCCUUGACUUGGUUUCUCCUUGGAGUGGACUUGCUUGUGCUCCUGCUGCUUGCUUUGAUCAAGAAGCUCAACGAUGGGUCUGGUUUGUUCUUGGCUCGGGUCUCCUACCGCCGGCACAAGUGGCUGUCUGUUCGCUAUGGCAACGGGAGCGCUACCAAGUUCUUGUCGAGACUUGGGCGAAAGAAGGUCACGAUCCAAUCUCCUCCGCCCAAAGCGCCGCCCAGAGCGAUGUCCAACGACCGAGAUGCACAACUUCCACCGAUGAAUCCAAGGGAAGGCUGGCAUGACGCUCCUGAUAUUGAUGGUGUAAGUGGCGCUGGCUGCCUUGACGAAGUUGCCGUCUUCUACAAGAAGCAGGGCUAUGAGAAAGAUAUAAGAUUGCAGGGCGUUGUCACGGUUGAACGCUUUGGCAACCAUCAACUUCAUCGUGUCAAGAUCGAAGGCAACGAAUCCGUCAAGGACAAUGGACAGUCAAGCCAAGGUGACAAAGCAGUCAACUGCAUCUAUCUCCCAGCAGGAACUCAUAUCGGCCGCCUUAAUCUGAUGGGCAAGACGUGCAGGAGCAGCAACAAGAUCUUUGGCAAGAAGUACUGCUUCGCGGAGAACGAUGAGGGCCUCGAGCACAUUCAACUCCUCAUUAAGAUGGGAACUCGGGCCGAGCUUUUGAGCAACUGCUUGCACUUCCAGGACGUCUUCGAGCUUGCGCUUUGCGCAAGCUCGAUUGUGGAUAUGGACGACUAA